GGACAAAAGGUAGGAGAAUGGACGAUCAUAAAGAAACUUGGUGAAGGAGGAUUCGGAGCAGUAUAUCUCUGUGAAAAUAAGGAACACGAGCAAAAUGCGUUAAAGGUCGAAGCAGAGAAUGACCCACUAGGUUUGCUCAAAAUGGAAGUGUAUGUCUUGAUGGAGUUGAAGAAAACGAAGUUUCAAGCUCGUCACUUUCUCGGUUUGAAAGACCGUGGACAUGUACCUGGAAAGUUUAACUAUGUGGUCAUGACGUUGGUUGGGAAAAGCUUACAGGAUCUUCGCCAUGAUGCCCCGAUGAAAAAAUUCUCAAUGGGUACGGCGAUCUCUGUAGGGAAGCAGUGUCUGGAAGCACUCGAAGAUCUGCAUAAUGUCGGGAUCCUGCACCGAGACAUCAAACCAGGCAAUUACACCGUUGGUCGUAAGGAACUCAACGAGCUUAGGAAGAUCUACAUGCUCGAUUUUGGAAUGGCUCGAAAAUUCAUCAAAGAAGAUGGCACCCUGCGAAAUCCGAGAGCCCGCGCUGGAUUCCGUGGAACUGUGAAGUAUGCACCGCUUGCUUGCCAUGUACAUCGAGAGCAGUGCAGAAAAGAUGAUAUUGAAAGCUGGCUGUACAUGCUUGUUGAGAUAACCUGCGGUCGACUGCCUUGGCGGAAUUUGACGGAAUCAAAUGACGUCGGCCUAUUCAAGAAGGAUUGUAAAGGUGAAAAAUACCGAUGCUUGUUCGGAGGAUGUCCUCGUGAAUACUUAGAAAUAUUUCCAAUUCUGGAUAAGGGCAAGUUCUUCGAUGCACCAGACUAUCCUGCUAUCUAUAAGCUGCUCGAAUCGUCUCUUAGAAGUACUCGUGCUCAAGAGUUCCCCUAUGAUUGGGAGAUGUAA